AUGUCUCAAGACAUAAUUCUACAAUUGUUAACAGAGCAACAAAAAGCAAUGUCGCAACAAACGCAACUGCUAAAGCAUAUGGCUGAUCUUCUUCAAGCACAAGGAGCACCAAAUUCACCACAAACAUCAAAUUCAUCCAAAGCAGCACCAAUGGAAUCACUAGCACAGUCAAUGACAGCAUUCGUGUACGAGCCAGAGAGCGGUCUGAUAUUUCAAGCGUGGUACAACAGGUUUGUGCAUGUUUUCGAAAAAGAAGCAAGCUCACUCGAAGAACAUGACAAAGUGGCCUUGUUAUGGAGAAAAAUGUCGAACCAAGUACAUGAAAGGUUUGCCAACUACGUAUUACCAGCAAAACCUGAAGAUAUGACUCUAAAGGAUACAGUAGAGAAACUCAAGAAACUCUUUGGUAAAACAAAAACACAAGUCUCACAAAGAUACAAAUGCCUUCAGCUAGCAAAAGGCGACAGCGAAGAUUUCAGAGAGUACGCAAGCAGAGUAAACCUACAAUGCGAACUAUUCAAAAUGAAAGAACUGAAAAUCGACCAAUUCAAACGUCUCAUUUUCGUCAAGGACUCAAGUCAGCAAAAGACCACGACAUAA